AUGCCCACCAUCUCAGUAGACAAAGCCGAGCUUUUUGAGCGUCUCGGACAUCAGUAUACCACGGAGGAAUUCGAUCGUUUGUGUUUUGACUAUGGACUGGAAUUAGAUGAAGACACGACCGAGGAGGUAGAAGCCGCGAUCAAGAAAGGACUCCCUGCAGAACGUCCUCAAUUAAAAAUUGAAGUACCCGCAAACAGAUACGAUCUGGUCUGUCUAGAAGGUAUCUCGCGCGCCUUACGCACUUUUCUAGGAAAACAAGAUCCGCCACAGUAUAGACUCGCCUAUCCCCCAGGCGGUGAAAAAGAUCUCAUCACCGUAACCGUCUCCCCAGAGACCCAACGCAUCCGCCCCUUCUUCGCAUGUGCAGUACUGCGCAAUAUUAAAUUCACGCCCAUAAACUACGCAUCCUUCAUAGACCUCCAAGAUAAAUUGCAUCAGAACAUCGGCCGUAGGCGAAGCCUCGUCGCCAUCGGAACACACGACCUCGACACCCUCACUCCUCCUUUCCGAUAUGAAGCCCGUGCACCCACUAACAUCGCUUUCGCGCCUCUCGGUCGGGAAACCGUUAACACUGCUGCAGAGCUCAUGCAGAUCUACGAAUCGGACAAACACCUCUCCCGGUACUUGCCCAUCAUCCGAGAUUCUGAUGUCUACCCCAUCAUUUAUGAUGCAGAGGACCACGUGCUGAGUAUGCCUCCCAUCAUUAACUCGGAGCAUAGUAAGAUCACUCUGGAGACUAAAAAUGUGUUUAUCGAUACGACUGCUACGGAUGACACGAAGUUGCAGAUCGUGAUUAAUAUGGUGGCAGGUAUGUUUUCGGAAUAUUGUGCUGAACCGUUCACGAUCGAGCCUUGCAAGAUCGUCUUUCCUGACGGCUCGACGCGCAUUUCUCCUGACAUCGCUCCCCGUAUCAUGACUGCGCGCGCAUCAUAUAUCAACUCCUGCACAUCUCUUUCCCUAACGCCCUCAACCAUCCAGUCUCUCCUAAGCCGCAUGACCCUCUCCCCUACCCUCUCACCCAAUGACCCCGACGCUUUAAUCGUCUCACUUCCAUGCACGCGCCCUGACAUCUUCCAUGAGGUCGACAUAAUGGAAGAUGCAGCAGUCGCGUACGGGUUCAACAACCUUCCAGAUAUCUUCCCCCAGACCAGCACAGUCGCACAGCCAUUACCAAUCAGCAGGCUCACAGACGUCAUCCGGAGGGAAUGGGCGAUGGCAGGAUGGGUCGAAGCAUUGCCUUUCAUUCUUUGCUCACUCGAAGAAAACUUCACCUUCAUGAACCGUCCCGACCCCGGUUCCCUAGCAGUAAAAAUCGCUAACCCUAAAACCCUCGAAUUCCAAGUCGUCCGGACAUCCCUCCUCCCAGGGCUUCUCAAAACCAUCCGCGAGAACCGAUCGCAUGCGCUGCCCAUCCGCGUCUUUGAGCUUAGCGACGUCGUGUUCAAAGACACCUCUCGGGAGAGACAAGCGCGGAAUGAGAGACGUGCGGGUGCGGUGUGGUGUGCGAGGAGCGCUGGGUUUGAGGUUGUGCAUGGGUUAUUGGAUAGGGCUAUGAAGAUGUUGGAGGUUCCGAGGGUUGGGAAAGGGGAUGGGAAAGAUGUGGGGUAUUAUAUCAAGGAGGGAGAUGACCCUGCAUACUUCCCUGGACGCGCAGCGACUAUUUACUACCGCCCCCCACCCCCAAAGACAUCAAAAACAGGCCAGCUGGCCGACGAGCUCAAGAGCACGCUACACAUCUCCAAUCAAGACCGAGAUAUCGUGAUCGGCACACUGGGUGUGCUACACCCCACCGUGCUUGAAAAGUUCGAGAUCACGUACCCUUGUUCAGCGUUAGAGUUCAACAUGGAAGUGUUUCUGAAGCGGUCAUAA